GCAUGGAGACCUUUGGAGGCUCUGCUUGCAGCUCAGCAGUCCCUCAGUACUUCUCCUUCACAGCGUCUACAAAGGGUCGAGGAGGGAGCCUUGCUUGAAGACUGCUUUUCCCAAGGCCUGGAUCACCAGAGGGCUCUCACUGGCUUUGGAAGAGCAAGCAAAGGUAACCCAAGAAUACUUCCUGAGACCGGACAGCUUCUGAAUGGGAGAUGAAAGAUGAUGGCUGCAGGGACCUGGAUGUCGAGGGAGAUAGCCAAGGGUCAACAUCUCCACCUCAGAGCUCCCUUCCACGGUCUCGCGGACGUGACCAGCCGGGGUCAAGUGAAACACCACCCUCCUCGACAGUUAUUGUUCAAGCUGCAAAAUCAGUUCACACCCUCUCACCUUCUCGACUGACCUCCCUGCAGAUGUGUAGUUAUCCUCCGUCUGCUCAGCAGGGGGCUCUCCAGAACUCCUCGGUCCGCCCGCAGGGAUCUUCCCAGUUCUGUUACGUUCCUCCAGUCAGCAGCGCAUUUCACCUCCAAGCAUCACAGUCGGAGAGAAUGGACCAGAUAGGAAAGGAACCAUCUCCAGUUCCUCCCUGUCAGAGGGGAUCCAGACUCGACUGUCAAACCACUGUGCUCCAACCUUCCCCCUGCUCACCCAGGGCAAGCCCUAUGUCCAACUCCCUUGGACUUGAUCCAACCCCUACACCCCCCAGGUUCCAGUCACCUUCCAAAACCACUAACUUCCAGCCUAGCCCUCCUGCCCCCAUUCCCCAAUCCCCCCUCCAUACAAUUGGGCUCCAAGUCCCAGCAGUCCAGCCUCCACCCCCUACCUCAGGGUUCUGCCCUCCCCUUCAAACGCACAGGCUCAGCUCUGCCCCCAAAACCCUCGGCCUACAAAUUCCCCCCUACAACCCCCGCCCCCAAUCUCACCUCCGUCCAUCGAGGUUCCACCUCCUCUCCCUACCCGCUGCUAUCCAACCUUCCACAUUUGCACUCAGGCUCCAAACCGUAGGGCCCCCACCCACCCCUCAUCUCCCGGAGCUUCGGCCUCCUCCGGGUGUCCAUAGGCUUCAACCUUCCCCACAGACCUCAGUGGCACAAAUUGGCACCCGCACUCCAGGGCUUCCAACCCCCCGUAAACCCGGGGUCCAGCCUCCGCUCCAAGCGCCAUCGUAUGGGGAAGAGCUUCAUAUAGUCCAACUUUCGAAGAGUAUUCAGCAAGUCAGAGCUAAAGGACAGAGAAAGUAUGUGUGCGGCGAAUGCGGGAGGGACUGUGCAAAGCGCAGCGCCCUGGAGAAGCACCUCCGCUCUCACACUGGGGUGCGUCCCUUUCCGUGUACGACCUGCGGGAUUUCUUUCAAAACGCAGAGCAACCUGUACAAGCACAAUAGGACACAAAGUCACCUGCACAACUGCCAGGUUUCUGCCGAGUUGCAGAGAAGCAACAGGCCGGAGCCGAGCGCUACCAACUCAUCAGGAAGCCUGGUGAAGGACAGGGGCCCUUGUGAAAGGACCGAACAGGAAGCCAGAGGGAAUGGCCACUCUCGCCUAUGUGUGGCCAGCUCCAGGGGUAAUACAAAGCACCAGAACUUGGCACAUCGGGAUACAAGCUGGUGCGUGGUCGGUGCUACUGAGAAAAGUGAAGAUAGCACCAUGGAUGGAGAGAAACAAGACAAAGUCCAGACGCAACCUGGCCAUAUUGGUAACAGGCAUUUGGUUCUGCAGAGACAGCAAGCAACUUAUUUUGCCAAACGAUGGGUGAACAAGUCUUCGAGUUCCAGUGUACAAACUAACGAAAGCACAGACUCGGGGUACCUUUCCCACUCGGACAGUCCCGACCAGCCACUGCUGGCGUCGGGCUCGCUACAGAGUCUCCAACGACAGAACACCGAAAGCGAAUCAGAGAGGAGCUCUCAGCCGGUCCGGCCGCUGUCCAGCGUCGGGCGGAGUGCCCUGGGAUCUGCGGCGGCGGAGGAGCAGCGCACAACCCGCGGGUCGCAGGAACUUGGGGAGUGGAUCUCCAAGCUUAUCUCCGACAACAAGGCGGUGGUUGAUGACAAACACCUGGAAACCGUCAGGCCAAGAAGGACACUUAACUCAAAGCAGGGAAGCAUCGAUUUACCAAUGCCGUACACGUUUAAGGAUUCCUUUCACUUUGACAUGAAGUCGGUUCAAGUCAAUAAGAAACCAAGAGGCGCCUCCAGUUUACCGGCAUUCUCAAACCAAUUAAAGUUCCAUUCCUUACCUGAGCAGAUUUCCUCCACUGCUGAUUGUUUGCCAGUUAUAAGGAGUAAUUCUGUGCCUCUCAGUAAGGGGGGCUUGAUAUGCGGUAACGUGACCAGCAGUUCAAGCUGUCGCCCAUAUGAGUUACAAAGGGAUCCCACCUCGCUGCUGCUCGUCACAAACUCACAAUCACAUUCGUUGGAAUUCCGCCCCCUGCACCAUCGGACCCUGGUGAGACAGGCUGCUCUGGAGGGCUUGCCGGCCGGCAAUCUCACUGCAGAGCGGGCCGCCCCUGCGCUCGGCAAUAAGCUGUGUGAUUCCAAGGCCGGAAUCCCAAAGCCCAACUGCAAGUCUUCAGGAAAGAACAAUGGUCAGAAAAGGCGGAAGAAAUUUUCACACGAGCGGUGGUCAAUGUAUGGAGAGGAAACCUUCCGGAAGAAAUACCUAGAGACUAAGGGAGCCACGCACUCGGCACUCACAGCAUCUAACAGUGACACUUCAGCGCUCCCAGAGAAACCACAUGACAUCCCUCUGGUAGCACCUUCUGCGCACAAAAUUCCCGUCAAAAAACACUUCUCAGACCCACUUCCGUUAGGGUCGGUGAAGGUCACAACCUUCAACUCCCCAGUGUGCGAGGUAGGGUUUUCACAAAUAAAUGUGGACCGACGUUCACCGCUACGGAGACAUCCAGAUCCCUGCGAUGUUGCUACGGAGACAAAGACUGCACCAAUCCCGGGCCGCGUCGUGGAAGCGCCUGCAGUCACCACACCCAGCUCAGCGGAGAUGCUCCCUACCGCGGAAAGGACGGGCAAGGUGACUGCACCGUGCGCAGCCCGAGAAACUGCCGGGGAUACGUCGAAGGAACCUCCGCUCCAUCAACGGUCAGCCACAGCCAGCAGCCAUAUAGAAAAGGAUGUCACAAGGCCUUUCUCACAUCCAAAGCUAGUGAGGCAGCUCAGCGUCCUUGUCCCAGAGAGCAAAGCCAAGCAAGAAGCAAGCAGUCAACAAAAGAGCAAAUCUAAUGAAUUUAGUUUGCAGCAAGGUGAAAAUGAUAUCACAGACAUUCCAGCAGGCCAUCCUCCCAGGAAGAAACAGAGGCUGCAGUUAGCAGGCGCUGGACAGCUUGCUGAGAGGAUAGAGUUUGGUCGUGGUUUGUCAGCUGGGGCUGCUCUUGGCAAGUCACUUGGGUCAGGCCAUGUCUUUGACCCAGACACCAGCCACCAACAGUGCCAAAUAAUCAGAGAGGAAGGAAGCUCUGACCAACAACCUGUGCCACCAGCUGCAUCAGGUAGUUCUACUGCCUCUCCUGUCUGCUCUGGAUCUUUGCCAGAACACGAGGCUGCGACUUCUACCUCCCUCCCUCUUUAUUUCCGGCCACUUUCAGAGAGCAGGAGUAAAGAGAGAGAAGUAAUUAGUCAUAGGGGGUUUCCAACACAAUUACAAACAUCAGGAAAUGAGAUAUACCACACUGACAGCAACUUGCACCUGGGACCAACUGUGGGCCAAUCGUCAGCACUAGUUUCUCCCCGAGCAGGAGCUCUCCACUUGCAGAAGCAAGAUUUUCUUCCUAAGUACCAACUCAAAUGGACAAAGAAAGAACCGAGUAUGUCGAGCCACCCACCACCCUGAGCCACAAAUAUAUUGGCAGUCCUUCAUAAUCACUGGGCCUCACUCCCGGUUCUCCCUCCCAACUGCCGUGGAAGUAGUACCUUCACCUGGGGGGCUGCAGCAAUUCAAGAAGGUGACUCGCCACCAGCCUUGCAAGGUCAUCUCGGAUGGGCAAUGAAUGCCAGCCUUGCCACUAAUGCACAGAUCAUUGACAAUGAAUACUGUAAUUGGGAAGAGAAAUGCUCCUCAUUGACUGCACACACUGUGGCCGAUGAGAGGACAACCACACAUCCCAGAGCCCGAUGUCCAAGAUGUCUCAUAAUGAUCAGCAACACUGGAAGAAAAAAAAACAGAACUAUUGUUUGUUUCUUACGUGUGUACCAGGGGAGUGUGGUGGACCGAAAUCUGAGGGAUACUUGCAAGUCAGUCACCACCAGGCUAGCAACCAUUUCCACCAGACAGUUACUGAAAUAAACCACCUCUGCAGCCUUUCAGAUGCUAUUCAUUCUGCCUGUACAUCUCUGGUGGGACACAGCAGCAGAUAGCAGGUUGGCUCCAGUUUGUAAUAUUACUAAUUUAUUGGUGAGCCAAUGCCAACAAGGUGUUGGCAAUGUCAAAAGAAAUGGAGAGCCCGUGUAAGCAGGGCAUCUAGUAUCUCACCUGUCCGAUGACUAGGUGCUGUUUAGGAAAUGGAACAGUUCUAACCCACUGCAGACAUAAGGCUUGGCUGUGAGAGACUCGGAAUAUUUCUUAUUCCCAAGGGUGAAUGCUCAGUCUGAGUUUCUGUGGUGUUACCUAGGAAAUAGCGUGUUCCUAUCUUCUCUGGAGAAAGGCAGAAUAGAACAUGGGCAUUCAUGAAGAAACAUCUGAUGCAUCAUCCUGAUACUGAAGGACACUAGCUUGCAGAGAUCACAGCAGGAAGGCCGUGACAUUUGUGCUCAGACCGAGGAUUGUGCCUUAUGGACUGUCUAAUGUGCGAAGGCAUAGGCGUUCAAACAAAAAGGAGAUGGGUUGGCUCGUGAAAUCUCGG